AUGUUUGCUGUGAAGAAUAUUAUAGAGAGGCCAAUCUCUCUUCUUCAUGAAAUUGGGAAAUUUUGGAAUGCAUGGGACACCCAGAUCUUUGUUCUGCUGAGUUUGUCUCUGCAGGGGUUUCUAGUCUUGAGUGCAUCCUAUAGAAAACGCGCCGCUAAGAAAUGGGUAGUGACACUCAUCUCUUUAGCUUAUUUUUUGGUAGACUGGGUCACUCCUCAUGGUCUUGGACUCAUCUCUAAUAGACAACAAAUCACGACUGUUACUGCCAAUCUUUAUGCAUUUUGGGCUCCCUUUCUAUUCUUUCACCUCAGUGGCCCUGAUAACAUCUCAUCUCUUUCCCACCGAUUAUUGAAGUAUGCAGAGCGUAUUGUGACUCGGAAGUUUGCAAGACCAAAUAAAUGGGAGAAUUCCUCAGUACCAACCACACAAAAAAUCAAGCUAACCCUCGGCCCUGACUAUGAAAAACUCUCAGGGGCUCCCUUGGCAAUGAGAGAGACACACCUGCCCAUGGAAGUACGGAGUUUCCAAAUGCCUCCAAAGAAAUUCAAGGCUUCUUCUGAAUGUGAUUAUCAUCUACCCAAUGAGGAGGAGGGUGACAAGUCAUUGCUGAAAUUUGCUCAUUUCUUCUUUAAAAACUUCAAGGGAUUCAUGGGAGGCACUAGUUUCAGCCCUGAGCAGCGCCAAUUCACUCGUCAUUUCUUUCUCAAAAGAAGUGUGCACGAUGCUUUUAAAAUAUUAGAAAUGGAGCUUAGCAUCAUACAUGACGCUCUCCAUGCCAAGGCUGUUGCAGCUCAAAGAGAGAUUGGAUCCAUCCUCCGUGCGAUCAGUGCCAGCUCAAUCCUCGUAGCAUCUCUCUUGUUCUUUCUACAUGACAAGUGUGGGUUUUUAAAGGUUGAUAUCAUCAUCACCUAUGUCUUAAUCUUUGGGUCUAUAGUCCUUGAAAUCUUGUCCCUUUUAAUUCUCUGCUUGUCAGACUGGUAUCUAAUUGCCUACAAGCAAUAUAAUUGGGCAAAAUGUAUUGCUGCUGCUAUUGUCAACCGGCACAGGUGGUCAGAAUCUAUCUCCAAAUUCAAUAUCACAAGCUAUAGUCUUCAUAAAAAUCCAACUGUACUAAAUAGCAAAUUACCCUGUGCUCUGGUAUUUAUCGAACUUCCAUCGGCCUUCAGAAUCAUACAAACAACGACCUCUAAUUCCACUCCCAAAUCUGUAUGGUAUGAGAUUUUUAAAGAGUUGAAAAUGAAAUCAGAAAUAGUAGAAAAUGUGGAAACUGCCACAAAGAUAUGUUCACAAAGAGGUGAUUGGGCUCUCAUGCAAAGCUGUUGCUACAGUCAAUUCAAAUGGAGCCUAGGAGAGAUUGACUAUGGGAAGAGCCUCGUGCUAUUGCACAUUGUGUUGGAGUGA